AUGUCAACCUCAAGCGAGCCCUCUCCCAUCCCCCGACACCCCAUCUCUGACUUGCGCAAGGUCUUCCACUACACCGACACCAUGACCCGCAGUCCAACUCGGCCAAACGACCCCUACAGCUACGCACCCGGCUUUGGCAACCGGCAUCAAUCUGAAGUGAUUCCCGGCACGCUCCCAGCAGGACAGAAUAACCCGCAGGAGCCGCGGUUUGGGCUCUAUACGGAGGGGAUCACGUACUCGGCAUUCACGGCGCCGAGGAGAGAGAACUAUAGCACUUAUAUGUACCGUGUUAGACCGGCUGCUGCGCAUGACGGGUACGAAACGGAUAUUGAGCAUAAAUCCCACAUCGAAAAUAGCCUUCUCACCCUGAACCAGCGGCUAUGCACACUCCCUUCUCAAGGCGAAUGGGCGCCGUUCCCUCUGCCCGAUGUUACUAAGGAAGGGAAAAUUGACUUUGUUGACGGCUUGCAUACGCUCGGUGGCAGCGGCGACCCGAACUUGCGCGAAGGGGUAGCACUGUACGUCUUCAUGAUCAACGCGGAUAUGGACCAUAGAGCUUUCUGCAAUACGGACGGGGACUUCCUAAUUGUACCUCAAUUGGGAAGUUUGGAUAUCCAGACAGAGCUGGGGAUGUUGUUUGUUCAGCCCGGCGAGAUUUGUGUUGUGCCGCGGGGGGUGCGGUUUACUGUACGGCUGGGGAAAGAGGAUCCCAAUUAUGGCCACAGCGGAUGCUCUGGAGCGGAUGCCGGUGAUGCCGGCAAGGGCAGGGGCUACAUCGUUGAGGUCUGGGGCUCGCGGUGGGAUCUACCUGAUCUAGGCCCGAUAGGUGGGCAUGGCCUCGCGAACCCAAGAGACUUCCUGCACCCCGUUGCACAUAUCGACGAUCUGGACGCUCUGCAUGAGAACUGGACAAUCGUCAACAAGGCUAAUGGCACCCUGAAUGCCAUUAUCCAGGAUCACAGCCCAUUCGACGUUGUUGCGUGGCAUGGUAAUGUCGUUCCUUACAAGAACGCCACAUCUAUCGACCACACCGACCCCUCGAUAAACAUCGUCUUGUCGGCCCGCUCCCACGACCCUAAUACUCCCUUGGCAGACUUCCUCUGGUUCGGGCCGCGGUGGGACGUCGCUUCGAACACCUUUCGACUCCCAUACUUCCACCGCAAUUCUGCAACCGAGUUCCUGGCGUCUAUAUACGGGAAUGGCCUCGGCCGUUCGGACGAGUUCCAGCCUGGCGGCGGGAGCGUAGAGGUAUCUCACACGCCGCAUGGGAAUUUCAGCAAAGAGUAUGUCUGGGAGAAUCGGGUGCAAGUCAAUGAGCCGAGGAGGAUCCUGGAGAAUCAAAUGACCAUUAUGGUUGAAAGUAGCAGGAACUUUCUGUUUACGGAGUAUGCUGUGUCUGGGUGUGGAGUGUUUAAGAGCCAGGGAACGGAUCCGAGGGUUUGGGACAUCCUGCCUGAUAGAUUCUCCGCUUAUCCAGGGAUUAAAGGGAUUCUGGAAGCGGUUAAAAAAUAUAAUAAGGAGAGGAAGGAGAGCCUGGACGUGUAUUACGAUGAUGAGCGGUUGGCGAAAUGUAGACGCGCAGGAAGAUGUCACCUGGUAUAA